UUUCGACACUCUUCUUUCGUAGAAAAAACAAUCUGAAGAUGGGUGGCAAGAAGAAAAUUUGUCGAUCUGGUGAUUCUGUUGGUCACUGCAGAUGUGGUCAAAAUUUUACACCAAUCAGCGAAGAGACAGAAUGCCCAAGUUGCACGGAAGAGCGCAACAGGUCACCAUGGCGGACCAUCUCGAAUCUACUGCCAGAGGGUGAAAGUUCGUGUCUUUUAGAUCCAGGAAUAUUAAUUUGGUUCAUCCUAGCACGCUUCAUCACAGGUGACAUCACUAGUACAGUAUCAGGAUCCUUCCGAACCAGUCAAUACGGGUACAAGCUGUGUGUGGAGCUAGAUGUUUUUACCAACCCUAUUGGGGACCGGCGUAUCUUACUCCGUCCAAUUGUUCUCAAGGGGCCUGACGAUGCAGUAAACCAAUGGCCAUUCAGGGAGUCGAUCACCUUUAAGAUCAUCAACCGAAGUAACCCACGGAAGAACAAGGUUCUCACCUUCCGGACAGAUCAGGGAGGCAUAUCGAGACCCCAGAACGGGAUGAGAGUUGCUGCCUCCGCUGGCGUUGAAUGUCCAGACAUUGGUCAGCUCUUCAGGGAUGGUUUCAUCGAGAAUGGUACACUGGUCGUCGUGUGCGAAUGUCAUUCGUCAGAUAUACCAAGACAAACGCGAGAAACUUUGCCGACAUCGUGCGAAGUAUCAACACACUGUGAAUAAUUCAGUUUUAUUUCCUUUAGAUAUUUUUUUCCAAGAGGAAUGAAAAUCGUAACAAUUAUUCUUGGUAAAUGAUAGAGUUAUUGCAUGUGUUUUAAGCAUAUAGUUGAAAAGACGUCACGUGUUUAGAUCGAAAACUAUUUAAAAAAAGAUAUAUCACAAAUAUCACUUUGGUUUUUGACAAGACAUGUGACUGAGACCACUUGACUGGUUAUCUAAUGAGUACUAAUAUUUCCUAGGGAUAAUUCGUUUCGAUGGCACUCCUCGAUCUUCAAAAAGAUCACACCAUCUUAUUGAAAAAAAUGAAUAAUGGGUUUUAAAUAUGCUACUUUGAAAUACUGCUUGUCGAAUCGACAUGUGAAUGGCUAUCUGCGAUAUUCGUUCCAAAGUUCUGCGUAUUACGUGUGGUAUUUUACAGGGAAUCAUUUUAGGCCCAAUUCUAUUCUCAACCUAUAUCAAUGACAUAUCUAUAGUAUAAAAGCUGACUGCAAAAUAUUAUUGUACGCAUAUGACAGCGUACGUGUUCAAAUUCCAAUCUAACAUUUUGUUGAGGAAAAAACUUGGCGAAUUGCUGUCUACGUGUGUCCAUGGAAUGACUGAUGAUAGGUUUUCGUUACACAUGGACAAUACGGAAAUCAUUAUAUUUUGUUCUAGGAUUAGUUAUAAAAAGUCUUUUGAAUUUGAAUUUACACACAAUAUUCAGAGUAUUAAGAGAAAAAUUAUAUUAGGUCAUUGAGAUGGCAAACUCCGUUUCUUUUUCAUCUUCAGUAGAAUCAAUCGUAAAAAGAGCGAAUGCUCAUCUGAAUUUUCUCUACAGGUAUCAAAAAUGUAUGGAUCAGUAACAAGACAUAUCUGUUUUGCUCUUAUAUGCUAACCCUGUUUGGUUAAGUAGCAUUUACAAAUCAGAUCAAAAGAAGUUGGGAAUCGUACAGAACAAAAUGAUGGUCAGAUUCAUUAACUGUUCUGGUUCCAGUACCCAUGUUAGCUACACCAAGCUCUCUGGAGCACCGAGGUUUCCUUUCCAAAGAUCAUAUUUUGCACCACAUGCAUUAAAUUUUUCACAUUAGAUCAAAUCACAAUAUCGGAUCAAACUUUAAUACAUACAAAAAGCAACUAUUUCAACUUCAGCUUGGCAGAAAGAGUAAUAGCAGGCCUAUAUAGGUAACUCAUUUGAAUUCUCUUUCCAAAAGGAAGCUUUGUCCAUUUUCAAAGGAAAUUGAUAGAAAAUAUUUCUCUUGAGAAUCGAAGGAAGAUGUAAAGGGUAUGCGGUUUAUUUAGCCUGAAUACAGAUCAAGUUCUUUUAUUUUCCCUGCCAGUGAUAUGUUGUUAUUGUAUAUAAUAUUAGUGAACAUAUUUGAUCCAUAAUCAACCAUCUCUUUAUUGUAUUGAUUUUUCAUACUAAUGAUUUUUCUCAUCGUGUAAUUAGUUUGACUGUACUUUUUUAUCAGUAUAAUUCUAUACGUUAUAGGUCCCACUAGAAAUAAGCUUUCGAGCUUUAGUGGCUAUCCUAUUCAAACCUACUGAUUUUAAUACCAUUCUUCAUAUAUUUUUCGGUGACUUGCCAUAUAGGAAAUAAAAUCAGUCGAUGAUUAUCAUAAUUAUAAAUCUUUAUUUCAAACUUUAAAAACGUGACAAAG